ACAGUAGCACCUCGCAGCCUCCCCCAUCCGUCUUUGCUGCUGCAGUGUAUGCUGCAGGUACACAGCACAUUUCGUUACACGAGGUUAUUUAUCUCAACCAUCAUUAUCAUCACCACCACCAGCAACAGGCCGACUCGCCGGGGUGUCCACUUUACUGUCGGUGACUCCUACUGCAACCAGUUUCGUGACAUUUCUUGCUCGGCAUUACCGUUUAUUAAAAGUGAACCCUCGACAGAGAUCCUGGGAAAGGACUGCCAAGGUCGAAGAGUCUAACAAACUUGUGUAUACAGAGUAAGUUCUGCAACCAUUCCUGCCGGCAUAUCUACAGUAGGCUGAGAUAUGGAUUGGAGAUUACUGUGGCUGCUGGCACUGGGCAGAGAACCAGACACGGACUACGUUCCCCCCUACGUGGCGUCCCUCAUCUUCUUUUUCAUCAACAUGGCCACCGGCGUGGUUCAGCGCGCGCUCACGCGCCUCCUGGUGCCUGUCAGCGUGCGCGGCCACGUGCUGGACUUCUUGUGUACCAUGGAGGCGUGUGCCUACUUCUUCGAAAACAACUUCGUGGUCAAGCACUAUGGCAACUUCUGGCUGGCGGUGGCCAUCAUUGGCCAGCUCUACGUCUGCAGCAGGACUUUCGGUGACGGCUUCGACAGUCCAGUGAAAGCGUUUCAUGAAUGGCUGUUAGGUCAUUUGUCCUGGAGGCUGGCCGUCGUGAAGAUAGCAGUAAUGUCAUUGGCUGGCCUGGCAUCCUAUCGCCUUGCUCGGCUCAUCUGGUCCUUGGACCUCAUCGAAGAUCACCACGAGCGCUUUUACGAGGUGGAUUGUUCCAGCGACCUGGAGGUGACCUUGCUGACUGGAAUGAUAAUCGAAGGUGCAGCCACCCUGAGUGAUACGUGGCUAGGGCUCCAGACCGUCUCCUCCCUGGGCCUUCUGGACGAGUUUAUCAAGUACCUCAACGCAGCGCUCAUGAUCGUCUAUGGACUUCACACAACGGGAAUGUACUUCAACCCAGCCAUGGCGUCCGGCCACACGCUGGGGUGUGGGAGCACCCGGUACUGGGAGCACUUCGUCGUCUACUGGGCCGGUCCUUUCCUCGGAUGCUUUCUCGCCACAUUGUGUGACCGUCUGCUCCACGUCGAUGUCACCAAGCUCCGGGAGUCGUCUGCUCGAGAUAAAAAGGACUAAGCGACAGAUAGGAGCUACCGCUCCAUGUACCCGUGCACUUUUGUUGUGAAAGACAACCACCUAGAGGUCAGGCCUUAUAUUCUUGCUCUUCCUUCGUAGCAGCUACAGUCAUCCUGAGCGAUCCUGAGAGUGCAGUUAUGUUCCUGAGCUGCCCAAGUGAAUUUUUUCCUGGGGACCCAGAAUUAGUUACUGGCAGCCUUUCUCCCAAGCAUGUUGAUUAUUCCAGUCCUCUGCACAGACGGAAACGUCUUGGGUUUGAUUUAUUGGUACUGCGUGUUCUGUGAUAUCUAUUUUUAAUGUCGAACCCAUUGGGUUCUGUUUCAACUACCUGCUAGUCCCUAAAUAAAUCAGUUGAUGAAUAAAGCAAUAAGUAUAA